GGGGGACUAAGACUGAGAACAGGAAAUAAAAGUAUUAUUAAUCAUUAUAUAAAUAGACUUAAUAGUGAAUGUAGUCAUUCUCAGAACCAGACUCAACUCAUGAGAUACUCAGAUAGUCGAUCUAAUCUAUCUAUUCUACUACUACUGUAUACCAGGAGUUAUUGAAAUUGAAAAUCCUAAGUUCACAUCAAAAUGAUGAAUGCAAAUGAGGUGCGAGACAGCUUCAUUGAUUUCUUCAAAGAGAAGGAGCACAAGUAUGUCCACUCAUCGUCCACCAUACCACUGGACGACCCCACAUUACUUUUUGCUAACGCUGGGAUGAACCAGUUUAAACCCAUUUUCCUGGGCAUUGCUGACCCCAACAGCGACAUGGGUAAAUACGUCAGAGUAGUCAACACCCAGAAAUGUGUCCGUGCUGGUGGAAAGCACAACGAUUUAGAUGAUGUGGGCAAAGAUGUCUACCAUCAUACUUUCUUUGAAAUGUUGGGCAACUGGUCAUUCGGAGAUUAUUACAAGAAAGAAGUCUGCACCUGGGCCUAUGAGUAUUUAGUGGAUAGGCUACAGUUGGACAAGUCGAGACUGUAUGUGACCUACUUUGGUGGCAACCCGUCUGCAGGCCUUGAACCUGAUAAUGAAGCUAGGGACAUCUGGACUCGCCUUGGAGUUGAUCCAGAAAAAAUUUUGCCAUUUGGCAUGAAAGAUAAUUUCUGGGAGAUGGGUGAGACUGGACCCUGUGGACCUUGCUCAGAAAUCCAUUUUGAUCGAAUCGGUGGGCGUAAUGCCAAAGACAAAGUCAACAUGGAUGACCCUGAUGUGCUGGAGAUCUGGAAUCUUGUGUUCAUCCAGUACAACAGAGAGACUGACGGCUCAUUAAAGUUACUGCCUCGCAAACAUAUUGACUGUGGUAUGGGUUUUGAGAGAAUGGUGUCUGUGGUACAGAACAAGAGAUCUAACUAUGACACUGACUUGUUCCAGCCAAUUUUCCGAGCCAUUGAGCAGGCAACAGGAGCCAGGCCCUACCAGGGACGUGUAGGAGCAGAGGACACUGACGGCAUUGACAUGGCCUACAGAGUGCUAGCUGACCAUGCCAGAACAUUGACCAUCACAUUAGCUGAUGGCGGCAGACCAGACAACAGUGGCAGAGGCUAUGUCCUGAGAAGAAUCUUGAGACGUGCUGUGAGGUACGCAACAGAGAAACUGAAUGCCAAGCCUGGCAUGUUCUCAUCGUUAGUAGAUACUGUUGUUCAGUUACUGGGCGAUGCUUUCCCAGAAGUGAAAAAAGAUCCAGAAACUGUGAAAGAAAUCAUCAAUGAAGAGGAGGCUCAGUUUCUGAAGACAUUGUCACGAGGACACAGAUUGUUGGAGCGAAGCAUCAAGAAGAUGGGAGACACAAAAACAUUGCCAGGUGAUAUAGCAUGGAGGCUUUAUGAUACUUAUGGAUUCCCAGUGGAUCUCACUUUGUUGAUGGUGGAAGAAAAGGGAAUGAAUAUAGACAUGCCAGCUUUUGAAGAAGCCAAAGCCCAUUCCCUUCUGAUGUCCCAAAGCACAACUGGCGUGAAAGAAGAUCUUAUUUCCUUAGAUGUACAUUCCCUGACAGAGCUGAAAGACAGAGGUGUACUACCCACAGAUGAUCUCAGAAAAUAUGCUUACGAUGCUGAUGAGAAAGGAGAUUACAAAUUUGAACCCACAACAGCCAAGAUCAUUGGUUUAAGGUACAACAAACAGUUUGUUGAAACAGUUACCUCUGGCCAGGAAUGUGGCAUCUUGCUAGAUCAGACCAGUUUUUACUCUGAGCAGGGUGGACAAACUUACGAUGAAGGUUUCAUCGUUAAGGAUGGUGGUGAGGAUGAUGAAUUCAGAGUUAAGAAUGUGCAGUUGCGUGGUGGUUAUGUGCUACACAUUGGCUCAGUGGAAGGUGUCUUCAAAGUAGGAGACACAGUACGCCUUUUGAUUGAUGAGCCUCGUAGGUGUGCCAUUAUGAAGAACCACACUGCUACUCACGUACUCAACUUUGCAUUGAGGGAUGUCCUGAAAGAGACUGAUCAGAAGGGCUCGUUGGUUGCACCAGACAGGCUGAGAUUUGAUUUUUCUGCUAAAGGUGCCAUGACUGUACAAGAAGUGAAAACUGCAGAAGAAAUUGUCAAGAACAUAGUCGCAAAGAAUGAAGUGGUCUAUGCCAGGGAGACUCCACUUGCUGUUGCUAAAACCAUUCAAGGUCUGCGUGCAGUCUUUGAUGAGGUUUAUCCAGACCCAGUCAGAGUUGUCUCCAUCGGUAUCCCUGUAGAGGACUUGGAGUCUGAUCCCAAUGGUCCUGGCGGAAACAUUACAACUGUCGAGUUUUGUGGUGGCACACAUUUAAAAAAGUCAGGGCAUAUAGGAGACUUUGUGAUUGUAACAGAAGAAGCCAUAUCAAAAGGUGUCAGAAGAAUUAUAGCAGUCACUGGAUCUGAAGCACAUAAAGCUGUACAUAAACAAGAGCUGUUUGAAAAAAAUGUGAAAGAACUGACGUUGAAGAUUGAGAAUAAUAGCAAGACACAAGAGUUUACAGACAGGGAGUUGAAUAAAGAAAUCAUCACUUUAGAUGAGGAAAUAGCCCAGUCUAGUAUCUCCUACUGGAAGAGAGAUGCUUUGAGAGGUGAACUUAAAGUACUGAAGAAAAAGAUGGAUGAUAUUGACAAGGCAAGAAAAGCUGGAGUUAUAAAUGAGGUUGUGGAAGAAACUAAAAAAUUGAUAGAAGGAAAUCCCAAUCAGCCAUUUAUUGUACAUGAGUUUAAGGCUGGUUCUAAUGCCAAGGCUUUGGAUGCAGCCAUGAAACAGUACAAAGCCUCCAGUCCACUGACCUCAGCGAUGUUCUUCACAGUUGACGAGGAGGCAGAUAAAAUCUUGUGCAUGAGUUGUGUGCCUAAGGAGACUGUCAGCAAAGGUCUGAAUGCCAAAGAAUGGGUAGAUAAGGUUGUGCCCAUCAUCAAUGGCAAGGGAGGAGGCAAGGAUCUAGCUGCCCAGGCCACUGGAACCAACAUCAAAGGUUUACAAGAAGCACUCAAUGUUGCCACAGCAUUUGCCCAAUUGAAACUUUCCUAAGGUGUUAGUUAUAUAGGUCAGACCUACUACAGGUGAUAAUGAAUUGAAAGGGACACCAGGCAGUGAAAACAGCUCAAAUUAUGUUUAAUAGUAUCCAAUUAUGUUGUGACUAAUAUAAUUACAAGAGAUUCUUGUCAAACUCAGGUCAACGACAGUUUAAUGUAUUACAAUUAUAGUAGUGGUUUAUCUCUAAAAGCUCAUAGACAUUGUAGCCAAUUGUAGUUUCUAUGACAACUUAAUACUUGCCCAUUUCUUGUCAUGUUUUCAUAAUUAGUGAAAUAGCUUGUAUCACAUUAAUCAUAGCUUACUUGAUGACUUACUUCAUCAUCAUAGCUUACUUAGCUUACUUGAUGACUCAUCUCAUCUGAUUAAGUGCCUCCACUUCAAUAUAUUUCUUGUUCCGCAUUAUUGUAAUGUUAUCCCUACCCCAUUCUUUUCCUUGGUCACGAACUUAUAUGACAGAUGAAAUAUUAACUUAUUGUUAUAUUCACUCGUGUUAUGACUAUUUCUUUUCAUGUCUGUUAUUAUUGAUCCAGAUUUAUUUAAAAUUGCUAAGGUCAACUUUUAUUUUAUUACUUUGAAACAGAGUUUGCAAAGUAUUUUGGCUUCUAAAUAAAGUUACACUGAUGUACACUAUGGUUUCUAUUCAUGGGUGUCACUGUAAUAAAAAGUUUGGAAUUGUU